GUUGAGCCAGGAUGGUGGAUAUUUCUGAGGUACCCCUAACUCCGAAUAAACUUUCACCUCUAAGUGAUGUCAGCAACAACAACGAAGAAGAUCCCUCGGUCUUGAAGCUUCCACCCUCCAAGAGAUGGAGAGGAACAUUUCACAACAAUAACAACAACAGCAGCAGAUGCAGUGACCUUGAAGCUCUGUCACCUUCAGUAGCACAGAAAGACUCUUUUUCACCAGAAGCACAGAGCCAGAACAACAUUUGCAGGUCCUCGGCAGACAUGGACAUACAUAUUCACCCAGGUCACUUUGACAUGGGGAUGGGAAAGUUUCCGCAUCACAUGAUGCCUCCGCCGCCCCUCCUGGUCGUCCCGAGCCUCGUCCCUAACCAGCAACAGAUGCCCCCAAGAACCCAAGACAGUUUCUUCUUGAAGAGCCAUCAUGGACCUCACAUCACCAGGGUAGAGUCACCGAUGUCAGCCCUCAGUCCAUUCUCUGCAAUGUCCUCGCCGGGUACAACCCCAAGGAUGUCUCCUCUUACAUCUCUUCCGACACCGGUAUCGAACGGCUUCUUGCCGUCGCCUAUGACAGCGGGUACUUUCCUCUUCUCUCCUUUCUCGGCUGGUCCGGGAAUCUCCACCUCGACAACUCCAACCCACUUCCCAUUCCCGCCUCACCUUCCAUUCCAAACCCAGCAUCUCUUGCGAGAGGCAAACAUUGACCCAAAGCUACGGACACAAUCAGAGGGGGAUGCUGCAUCCCUCAAGUCCUCAGGAUUGGACAGUCAAGGCCAUAGUGAAGAGAGCAAUUCAGAUGAGGACGAGUCUCUGAUGCUCUGCAGCAUAUGCUGCGACAAAGCCACAGGGCUUCACUAUGGUAUAAUCACAUGCGAAGGUUGCAAAGGAUUCUUCAAGAGGACAGUUCAGAACAAACGUGUGUACACAUGUGUGGGAAAUGGACAAUGUGAAGUGACAAAGGCACAAAGGAAUCGAUGCCAGUACUGCCGCUUUCAGAAAUGUCUUCAUAUGGGCAUGAUGCUUGAAGCGGUACGAGAGGAUCGCAUGCCUGGAGGGAGAAACACAGGACUGUCGUAUAAGCAGUGCAAACCAAAGAACUAUGACAAGUUACGGAAGAAGUUCCAACAAAUGGCGCAACAGAAGGCCCAGCUCAACCGAAAGACGAGGGCCGAAAAACAGGCGCUCAAGGCAGCCAGGGAGGCCAUGAAGGCGGAGAGAGAGUCCAAGGGUCUGAAAGGAUCAGGGGGAAGCGCUGGAGGAGGGGGAAGCUCCGGAGGUAUGUCUGGGAAGCACCAUGGGGGAGAGGUACGGACACUCAAACCUCAGACUGCUCAGCUGAUAGAGGUCCUCCAGCAGACAGAGUCUGCAGUUCUCAAGGUGGCAGAAAAGGAAGGUGUGAACCUGAAAGAGCACAGAUACUCUGACCUGCCUGCCACCAUGGAGCUGGAUGACUUCCGUCGUCUCCAGUGUCGCCUUGGCGAAGAGCUGGUGUUCCACCUUGUCCAGUGGGUCAAGCACCUACCCUUCUUCACCCAGCUCUCGGCCGUAGAGCACACCCACCUCCUCAAGACCAAGUGGCUUGACCUCAUGCUCCUCUGCACCAUCAGCAGGGCAAUGCACUUCAAGCAACCACUGGUCAACAGCAGCGUGUCCAGUGGCAUGAGCGGGAAGUCCAGUGGUGGGAUGGACGUUGGUCUGAGCUUCGAGCAGUGCACACACAAGAACCUACUCCUCCUGCAGGAAUGCAUGAACAAAACCCUAGACCUGAGGCUUGAUAUGGACGUCUUCAGGGACGAGAUGGGCGAGGUCGUCGAGAAGGUCACCAAGCUUGCGGCUUCCUUCAGAACACUGGGGGUCACCAGGAACGAGUACCUUCUCCUCAAGGUCAUCCUAUUUCUGGAUCAAACAGGCAAGCCGUUCAGCGAACAGAUCCGGUCAGUCCAGGAGCCCUAUAUCUUGGCCCUGAAGGACUUCAUGGAAGCUAACAACCAACCAGGACGCUUUGAUGACUUCCUCUCUCAGCUCCCAGAGCUCCAUGCUAGCUCCAAGCUCCUGCUUCAUAGCAAGCUUCUCUACAUGCCCUACCUGCUGAAUGCCAUCGCUGGAGUGGGUCCUAAUGGAGCUACCCCAUCGGCACUGUCUCCGUCAUCGUCAUAGCGACAGGAGGUUGAAUGUGAGGAACUGUUAACAAGCUUGUAGCGGUGUCUCCUCCCCGUCCCACGAGCUUGGUGUCAGCUCCUGCUCAGUGACUCCUGCUACUUCCUUCCUCUCUCUAUUCAUCCUCCCACCCGAGAUGGAAACGGUCCAGAACCUCCUUGGUAACGAUGCCACAUCUCCAUGGUAACAGACAAUUUUGAGAUAACUGGAGUCUUGCUGGCGCAUUACCACACCCAUCUGCAAGUCCCCUCUAAUUCUCCAAUCAAUCCUCCAGGUGCAAUCAAGGGAUCAACAUCCUUCCAAGGAUAGAUCGGACCUGUACCCACC